AUGGCGGAGAGCUCUCGUCCUGCGCUGUCCACUCUGCGUGGCGUCUUCCCGUCGUGGGACGUAAAAGCGCUCGAACAAGUGCUCGCGGCCCAUGACGGCGACAUCGAUAGUACGGUACACGCGUUGCUGGCCAUGGACGCAGUGCCCCGUACAGACGAGUCGCAAGCCCCACAGUCUGUACCAGCCAACGACCAGGUACCAGCAGCUCUAUCGCAUCACGAGCGCAGUCCAGCGCCGCCUCCAGCAGCAGCAGCAGCAGCAACUUCGAUGAGAAAGCACCCGCGGCGUCGCGUUCAGCUGCCUGCAGACUUUCUACGAUUGCCGACAGACGGGGGCCGCGUCGUGUCCGAGCAGGAAGAACGCGAUGCCGUCCUGGCCCGCAUGCUGCAGGACCAGCUCUUCCGCGACGAGGUGUUCUCCAGUCACGAGUUCUCGUCGCACUUUCAUGACGGCAGACCCAUGUGGCCGUUGCGCCCGUAUGCACCUGACAAGUCAGCGACAGAGCUCGCGAGCCAGACGUAUACGGCGAUGCGUGGAACAUUCACGUCCAUGAGCGAAGUCAUGAAGGAUAAGAUGUACGACAUGUACACGCGCUUUCAGAUGCGCAAUGACAGCGCUUUCAGCAGCGACCCGAAGAGCACACGCUCGCUGAUGGCUAGCGACUCAGAAUCCAGCGAGAACGAGGACGCGGACUUGAGUGUGCAAGACCACAACAUGGACUCCCACCGCGGCCAAGAAUGUGCGAGGCGGCGGAGUCUCCACGACGUGACAGACGAGUCCAGCGCUGGCACUGACCCAUGCUCCAAGAAAGAUCUCUAG